AUGCCGGCUUCCGCGGUGUGCAGAUUCGACCUCGACCACAUCAGGGACAAUUUCGACAACGGUCUACUCAAGCUGACCAAGUGUCCGUGGUCGCCGAUCGCAGACUCGCAGCGGGGCGGUUGUUCCGCAUCCGAUUCGAGGCGGCUCUCGCACGAUAAUCUAAAUUUCAUCAAAUCGCAUCCGUUGAUGCACGAACCGAUCGUAGGGGAAGAUCGAUCAUCUAAACCUGUCUCUUAUACACAUCUAGUUACGCUCGUUCGAAAACGCUACAGAUUGAAGACGUUGGUGGUGAGGACGAGCCAGCAUCACACCGUCGUUUUUGCAGGAACGGACGACGGCCGCGUCUUGAAAUUGGUUGAGAGACGGGAAUCGCCAUCUGUUCUGCUGUACAACGUGCGCGUGAUCGGACAACCGAUCACGAACAUGAGAUUGUACGAGAGCCGAAAUGUCAUAUUCGUGACGUCGAAAGAUUUUCUCGUGGAAAUGUCUACGCAACAUUGCAGCCAAUUGAAGAACUGCUCCUGCAAGCAAGAACCAAUUGCAGUUUUGAUCGACGGCAAUUGCACCGAAUCGACCGACAAAGAUCACUCGGACGUCGAGCUCGACUGUAACGAUUCGAUCGAACACCACGACUGUAAAAAACAGAUCGAAUACCGCUCCGGCGUCAAGCUCGAAUCCGGUCUCGAACCCGGUCUCGAACCCGGUCUCGAAUCCGGUCUCAAAUCCGGUCUACAUUCUUCGUAUAACGUUGCUGAAACGGAAGAUUCGACGCCGAAGUUAGCCGUACUAGCCCUAGUCGGGGAACAAACAAAUGGGCGUCAAACUCGCCCUGCUGGAAACCGCGUACAGAUGGUUACCGUUUCACGCGUACUUUCCGAUAGCGAUCAUCGUCGCUCUUCUGUGUCUGGUCGGCAGCUGGAUGAUAGUUGCAUCGAGGGAGAUCACGGGUCGGGUGUGCCACGUUCUCUACGAAAUCACGAAGGUCGUCAAGCACCUCAUCAUCAACAAAG